UUUAUACUUAGUUGUUCCUCAUUUGUUAUAUAUAUCGUAGGAAUUACAUUUAUUUUGUCAUUCUGUUGCAAACUACGAACCAAGUAGGCGCCAGAAUGAAGUCCAUGGUAUUCUUGGGUUUGCUGCUUUUGGGACUAGCUUCCACCGCUCCCACCUCUAAUGACGAUGAGCAUCUAGUCAUCACCCAAGAAUUCUUCCCAGAUGAAUUCAAAUACUAUGAAGGGAAAAACGACAUCGUCAAAAUCGUCGUGCCCCUGAACAAUCUUAACUUUGAAGACGAUAGUUCUGAAUAUAGUAAUAAUAAUAAUAGUACUGACACUUUCCUCUUCUUUGUCGAAAUUGACGAUAAAGGAGAUAAAACUCUCUAUGUAAGGAAACAUGAUGUGACUUCAAAACUGCUGGAAAAUGGAAGAGAUGCUGUGUCACCUCCUGACGACUCUCAGCUAGCCUAUUUCGCUGCUAAAGAUGGUCUAUACUCUUACAAUUAUCAGUCAAACAAAGCUGAAAAAUACGGCGCCGUUGAAGACGAUCUCAUCGGAAUCGAAAUGGGCAACAUCUCUCAAGGAAUCUACGUCUUAACUGCCGAUAAACACGUCUACAAAGUCACUGAGGAUGGCACCAAAAAAGUCAAAAUCGAUGACAUUAAAAACCCUGAGCAAAUCGUAUUGGACUUCUCUAAUAAUCUGUUUUACGUCGACAGCGAGAAGAAAAUCUACGUUGCCAAUGAGGGUGGAGUGAAAAAAAUUGAAGGGUUGCCAGCGAACCCUACUACAGUUACACUUAUCAGACCUCCUUUCGUUGUUGAGGAGGGUAUUCCUGUUAUUGUUGACAAGCAAUCGUACCUUAUCUAUCCCAAUGGCACAUCUGAAUAUACAGAUAUUGACAUUAACGUUGAUAUCACCGCAUAUUCCAUGGAAGCUGCUUUGGUGCAGUAUUACGCUUAUGAUAAGAAGAUCUAUGAAUACAAUGUGCUGACCAUUCUUCUUGGUGAUCUCCUAGAAGAACUGAAGAAAUACUUAGACGACAAAAAAAAUGAAAUUCAGAGCAUCGCCACUCGGUCAAGGAGCGAAUUUCUCAACAAAGUUUAAUAUAAUAAUAUCAAAACUGCUUAAGUGAACGUUUAAUCUCGGCCAUACAAUGUACAAAAUAUUUAUAUGAGCAAAAUAAUAUGUUUUGACAUAAUGA